AUGAGUGAUGCUAAGAGUCGCCCCGAGCGAGAGAAUCACCCCGAACGCGAGGAUCAUCCCGCAAGUGACACCGAGGAGAAUAAACCAAUCAACUUUGAAUGGACUCCUGAACUUGUGAAGAUCGGAACAUCCCGUGGCAAGAUACAUCCGUCACUUGGCCCUAUCGAAUUCCAGUGGGGCGCCUCCUGUUGCGAAUACCGGCCCGGUAUGAUCCUACCAGACCCUGCCGAUACGCAGGAGUGUCUGAAGUGGAUUGGACUAUCCGACAAAAAGGCCAUUGAAAUGGAACAGCAAUUCAAUGAUCUGUAUCCAGAUGAUCAAGCACCCAGUUGUGGAUAUGACGAGGAAUUUCAGUCCCAUACAACUCACUACAAUGAGAUUACGUUCCCCAAAAUUAAAAAAAUGUUGGAUAUGUUCAUUGACGGUAUGUAUGAUAAUAAGGAGGAAUUUGAAUAUACUCAUAAGGGUUAUAUCGAACAUGGUAUCAAGCUAGGACUCCGGCCAGAAUUCGCGAUAUUCUGUGGACUACAUAAGGACGAUCCCAGAGCUAUUGAAAACCCCAAACUAUUUCAAGAUGAAUGGUUUUGUUUAGGCCCAGCAGAUAUCAUGAGCGAUACCCUUAUCCCAUUCUGGAUGAACCUCAGCGCCUUCAUGAGGGGAAAAUUGAUAUACGAGGGAAAAGCAUGGGCAGGUGCUUACGGAAUGUGGUUGGUCCAUGAGGGGGAAACUAUGGAUCAAGCAAAAGCGAGAGUGGAUGACCGAGAGAUUGAGAGGCUUAAAGUGCAAGCCAGGAAAAAAAGUGAAGAAAACCGGGAACGUAGAAAUCAAGAGAGAGAGAGAGAGUACGCGGAGGAUAGGGCAAGAUGGGCGGAAGAAGAAAGACUGGAGGCGGAGAUGCUGAAGCAGCAAAGCAUAGACAAACCUUCUCAGCAGAAGGAAGGGGAUAGAAAGGAGUAA